AUGGAGCGGAGAGAACCGGAGGGUUUGAUUCUGGAGCUGCUGAAGGACUCUGCUACAGAAGGGUUGAUCAAUUCGAGCCAGAUCUCGAGGGGUUUCAACCGGAUCAUGCAGGCCGUGGACUAUCUGUGCCUGGAUAUUCCGAGUGCCAGGGAGCCGUUGAAGGGGUUGAUCUCCAAGGCGGCCUCGGAGGGUUGGCUGUGCAGGUCCUCUCUGGUGCUGCUUCCUCUCCUGCCAGAGAAGCCACUGGAGGACGACGCCACUAGGGUUUUCAAGACCAGCGCCGUGGCCAUCAUCCAGGAGUAUUUCUGGUGGGGCAACCGUCCCAGCCCCACCAUUUGAAGGGACGGCGCCAGCACAGGAGUCAUGCCACGUCGACAUCGUCAACCUAGGAUCCAAGAUCCGAAUUUUAUUUAUUAUUAGGAUUUUCCUUUCAUUUAGUUUCCUUUAACGAAUUCUUGAUCUUAUAAAUAGGAUUAGCGCGGUAAUAGGCGGUUUUGGGUGGUGAAUUUUGAAGAUUUAGACAUUAUUUUCAGAAUUUGCCCUAAGGUUUCCUCUCAGCCCCCGCCGCCGCCGCCGCCGCCGCUGAGAGGCGACCCUCAUGUGCCCGUCCGCCCAUCACAAGCGCACGACUCCCCCUUCCAUCCACCCGUGAUCCACCAUUCGAGAGCUAACAUCCAGUUUCUCUCGCUACCGAUUGCACCGUUUGGCAUCCGGCGCAUUGUUGUCUACCGUCGGCAGUAGACGACGACAUUCACGUCGACGAGUUUUGACUCGUCGUGAGACCCCGCUUUCAGGUCGUCGGCAGCCGACACAGCCGUAUGCCCUCAGCCGACAUGCGCGUGAUUUUUCCCCGCCGCACGACUGCACAUUGCCCUCUCGCGCGACGAUUCCAACAGCCGCCCGUUUUGCCACGGGAAUGUCAAGGUUUCCAGUUCCCAUCUUUCACCGUCCUGCCGCAACUCGAGGCUCGCCGCACCGCCCCUCACGUUGUCUCAGCGCUGAAGGUACUCCCUUCACUCUUUGCUGAUUCAUAUUAUUUCAUCCAGUAUUUUCUUCUGUGUUUUUCCACUGCCAUCGGAUUUACGUGAUAGAUUUGCGUCUUCUCAUGGUUAACCAUCCGGGAUUUUGAAUUUGGAGUUUUACUUAUCGUGGUGGUUGUAAGACAGUACUCCCUGAAGGGCUUGAUCCAGUCUUAUCGUGUAACGUCGCGACUAACUGUUUCUGGGAAAUACUUUAGUGAAAUUAAUUUGGACAUUUUCCCUUCUUUCGGGUAGUCAUUUUCUAUUUUCUAUCGUUGGGAGUUAUAACGGCGAGGAUGGUGACAAGAAGAACACCAAGCCAACUCAGCGUGGAGUUAGUUGCAUGGUGUCUCUCUCUCCCACGAUGAUUGACUUCCCUUUAUAAGGGGCUAUGUGUUCGACGUAUUGACUGUGAAGAACAGAACAUAUUUUUGAUCAAUUACGGUUCUUUCUAUUUUUCUUCUUGACUCUUCCUUUACUCGAGAGUUUUGGUGUGGAUUUGGCUUUGUGAAGCCAAAAAGUGGUAUCAGAGCCACUCGACUCCACGGGAUCAAGAAGAUGGCCAAGAAGACUGGUGAGGCGAGCACCUCCGACGAGCGUGAGGGAGAGAUGGCGGUGCUGGAACCAUCCCUCAAGCUCUCGAAGACCAACUACAGAGUAUGGUCGAUGUCUAUGGAGGUAUAUUUGGACUCUCAUGACCUUUGGCAGACAAUCGUCAGAGAGAAUGUGUCGAAGAAGAAAGAUCGUUUGGUGUUAUUGGCAAUCAUCAGUGUAGUACCAAAAGACUUGCUGAUGGUACUUGAUGCCAAGAAAACGGCUAAAGAAAAUUGAGAGAUUCUACGGCAACAGAAUCUCGACGUGCACCAAGUGAUUCAGUCACGUAUCCAAGGUUUGAAGCAUGAGUACGAAAUUCUCACAACGGCCAAGAAUGACUUAGUAGUAGAUUUCGCGAUGAAAUUCACACGAAUCAUCUCUGAGUUGCGGAACUUGGAGGAGACAAUGGAAGAAUGAGAAGUUGUGCGGCAAUUUUUGAGGGCAACACCUUCUAAAUUUGACGCACUCACCCUGUCUAUCGAGCAGUAUGGAGAUUUGGACAAGGUGAGCCUCGAUGAAGUGAUUGGCUCUCUCACAGUACAUAAACUGCGGUUCAAGGAACAUCAAUCUUGUGAAGAGGAGCAGGCAUUGCUGGCCAGAGCACUGAGCAAAGUCAAAUGUCGAGUGAGGAGGAGUCCUCAUCUCGCAGAAGAAGGCAUCAUCGCGAUCGUAGUAGGGGGCAAGGAAGAAGUUGUGGCUGAGGACGCCAACAAUCUUCUGAUGAAGAGAAAAAAAAAUUCAACAAUUCAGGUAUUCAAUGCUAUAAUUGCCAAAAGUAUGGACAUUUUGCAUAUAAAUGCCGUAGUGCAAAGAGAGAGAGGGACGAUCGUGCAUAUGUGGCGAAGUCCACUUAGGCGGCGGCAACAGUCUCUGCUUUGGUGGCAACGUCCUCUCUACUGAUAGCAAUUGAGGAAGUGGAGAGUGAAUUUCUAUUUCAAAGGUCACAGAUUGGAUCACUCAUGCAUGUGAAAUGCACCAAAUGUCUCCAACAAAAGCUUGAUGAUUGAAGCAUUCCUAUGAUGUUCUUAAGAUACGAAAUUGGCUCAAAGGCCUAUCGAUGUUUUGCUUCGAUCAGAGGCGUAGUUCACAUCAAUCGCAAUGCUGUUUUUGAAGAAAACGAGCGGUGGAAUUGAAAUAACAAAGGUGAAACAGUUCCUAUGCUUACAUUUUUUCUUAUUUCUCCCACUGAGUAAGGGCUGGAUGAGAAUGUUACCUUUGAGGAUGAAGAUGAAGAGAGCUACUCUGAGUCUCAAGAGCUGACUGCUACUGCACACUCAAAUUUCGGAUAAAGUCAGUCACAGAUAUUCAAAUCUCUAGCUUAGUUAUACACUAAGACCAGUCCAAUGUCUUCUGAACCGAAUGGAGACUGUAUGCUCUCUCAUGAGGAACUUGUGA